AUGAAUAAUACAACGUCUAGUCCAGUGGUAGAAAGUGAACCAGAAAUUCUGGUCUUUGAACAUUUCUACGAGAGACAGAUUUUUGUGGCAAUUGUCAUCACUGUUGUCAUCCUUGGCACAGUUGGUAACAGCUUCGUCAUCAUCGCCGUUGGUUUAUCCAAGAAACUCCAGACGGUCACAAACGUCUUCGUCGUCAAUUUGGCCGUUGCAGACGUACUGACCUGCCUCUUUCUGCCCUGGCAGGCUGUGGCGGUCCUGGGAGGGGACGAGUGGCCCAUACCGCGGGCACCAUGGGUGUGUACUGCUGCUGCCUUCGUCAUUUUGGUCACAAUCGGAUGCAGCAUGAACAACCUGGCUCUGAUCGCCGUCAACCGUUGGGUGGGCAUCACCAAGUCUCGCUCCACCACCCGUCGCAUCUACACCGCCCGUAAGCUCACUCUGAUGGUCAUCUUCUCCUGGGCUAUACCGCUCGUUUGCGCCCUGACGCCUGUCCUGACAGACUUUGGUGAAAUGGGCUACGAAAAGCUGUUCAAAUUCUGCACUUGGGUCCGAUCAAAUCCGUACACCAGAACCCAUCGUAUGUUAACUGCAGGAAUCUACUACCUUACACAACUAAUUACUAUUACUAUCUGUUACAUUUCCAUUUUCUGCUACGUCCGUAAGACGUCACAAGAGACGAUGGCAGCCACAGGAAGAAUCAGAGCAACGAGAAAACGAAUCUCUAGGAGACAACUUAACGUCACUAAGAACUUGCUUCACGUCGUUUUGGCAUUUCUUCUUUGCUUCACGCCAGCAGCCGUUUCACUAAUGCUCUCUUCGGAAUCCACCUACAAGCUCGUGCCCUGGUUUGCCGUCGUUUUGUACAGCAACAGCAGCGUCAAUCCCAUAAUUUACGCAACCUCGCACCCAGACUUCAAAGUUGUUAUGAGGCACCUGAUAAGGUUUCGGCCAAUCCCUCAAAGUGAUCCAAGUCUGAGAGCCAGGACAGUUUACACCAUCAGCACCCCUUCCAACCGGGAAUGCCCUGAAUACGAAGAAGACAGAAUGUGA